GCGCAAAACUCCAACUCGAACCAACAUGAUUCACUCGGUGCUAAUAUUCAACAACGACGGGCUUCCGCGGCUCAUGAAGUUCUACACGCCGGUUGAUAUCCCCACGCAACGGCUUCUUCUCCAGCAGGUGUUUCAGCUUAUCAAGGUGCGCAGUGACCAGGAGUGCUCCUUCUUGACUCUGCCGUCACUCCUUGAAGACGCCGACGACAUCAAGGUGAUCUAUCGUCACUACGCCACCCUUUACUUUGUGUUUAUUGUGGACGACCAGGAGUCGGAGCUCGGAAUCUUGGAUUUGAUCCAGGUGUUUGUGGAGUGUCUUGACAAGUGUUUUUCUAAUGUUUGUGAAUUGGACUUGGUGUUUGGAUGGCAGGUGUUGCAGACGGUGUUGGAGGAGAUUGUGCAGGGGGGGAUGGUAAUCGACACCAACAUAGGGAGAAUAGUGGCGGCGGUGGACGAUGCCAACAGUCAGAAGAGUGGAGGAGGUAUGAGGUUUUUGGGGGAACGGUCGUUUGGCUACUGGCGGGGCCAGUAGCACCAUGGUACCAGCACACCAGAGUCCACCAAUGUCCUCCCAUUAGUUCAUCAUUUAGCAUAUGUACAUUAUUUACAGUAUACACCUUAUCUCGUUCACGGUCACCACCGCCACCACCGCUUCUUCGCCAACAACUUCUCGGUCUCCGCCAACUCCUCGGUGGACUUAUCAAUCUGUUCUCGCUGGUAGGCCAAAGCCUCCUGUUUCUCAAACACCUUCACAUCCACCAACUUAGGGUCGAGUCCACGGGUGUCCUUUUCAAACGGUGACUUGAUCUUUCCCGUCUUCCACACCGGGUCACUGGACUGGCUGGUUUCACGCACGAUUUUCAUGAGCUCUUGUUGUUCCUGUUGUCUGAACAGACGGUUCUUUUCGUAGUCGGCUCUGAUCUCAGGCGAGAAGCGCGAAAUGAGCUGUUCUUCGGUGGGAGUCGUGUACUUAAAGAGCACUACGCCCAACAAGAUCACGGCGUUCCCGUAUAUUCCUGCUCGCAAAACCUUCUUCCAUCUGGGAGGAUUAACGUCCAUUGUAUAGUGAGAAU